AUCACCUGACAGUCAUGAGCACAAAUCACAAGAUAUUCUGACCCGGAGCAGGGGCUGACUGACAACUCAUGGGGCCCCCAGGCAAUAGGGGAUCAUGGGGCCCCUGUGUCCUUGCCCAAACUCAAAAAAGCCUAUAAAAAAAGGUACCAGGGGCAUCUCAUGGGGCCCCCUACUGACCCCAGGCCCUCGGGCAGUGCCAGAGUUUCCAAAAUGCUCAGUCCGCCCCUGACCCGGAGAGAGCACUAA